CGAAGAGGAACUUCGAUGAUGUUCGGCGACAGCCACAGGGCGAUAAGAGACAUCGAGCAGCGCUGUGUUCCUCCUCUUUCGUCUUCUACGACUCGCGCAGGGGGUCACGUGCGCCGUCGCCAUGGCUGAGUCUGUGCAGUGCUUCGGGCGCAAGAAGACGGCCGUGGCAGUGACUUAUUGCAAGAGGGGUCGGGGCCUCAUCAAGAUCAAUGGGACUCCCAUCGAGCUGAUUGAGCCAGAGAUCUUGAAGUACAAGGUCUUUGAGCCAAUCCUGCUGCUGGGCCGCCAAGCCUUCGCAAAUGUGGACAUGCGCAUCAGAGUGAAGGGGGGAGGUCACACCUCACAAAUCUACGCCAUUAGGCAAUCCAUUGCAAAGGCGCUCGUGGCGUAUUACCAGAAGUAUGUGGAUGAGCAGUCGAAGAAGGAGAUCAAGGACACGCUGGUGCGGUACGACAGGACGCUCCUGGUGGCCGACCCGCGGCGGUGCGAGCCCAAGAAGUUCGGUGGACGGGGUGCCAGAGCCCGUUUCCAGAAGUCGUACCGAUAAGCGAACAGACUGCAUAUCUUGCAAGGACCGUGCAACAGUUCCAGCUCGGAGUUGCAAUGAAGUGCACAUGGUUUGUUUCGUCUUGGAUUUGAGAGAUGGUCGAUGGUGUGUCCUGUCAUGUUGCAGCAGGCAUAGAGGCUUGCAGACGCGCACAAUGUGACAAGCAUGUGGAUAGAUCCGGGUAAUAAUUUGGGACAUGCAUGCGCUGCC